AUGAUAUUUGUUCUUGAUGACUUUGUGGCCUUUGCUGAAAAUUCUAAAAAUCAAUCAUUGUUAUAUAUUUUAUUAGACGCUUGCCAAAAUUCUAAAAUAUCUUUAUGUGUUAUAGCCAUAACUCCAAAUAUAAAUUCUUUGGAAAAUUUGGAGAAAAGGGUAAAAUCAAGAUUCAGCCAAAGACAAUAUUUACUUUUACCAAUAAGAGACUUUGAAUUAUUUCAAAAAUUUCUUCUAAAUAUGUUAUCAAUACGCGGGAAGGACAUUGAUUUAAUUGGUGAGCUUCAUACUUUUGAAAUCACUGAGUGGAAUCAAAAUAUUAAUAUGUUGCUAAAUGAUGGGAAUUUUAUAGAAAAUCUGAAAAAUAUUUUUAAAUUUUCUACCGAUUAUAAGCUCUUGCUUAAUAUAAUAAUUACAGCCAUCAUAAAUGGAAGUAUUAAUUUUGAUAACAAUAUUUUGCCCAUUAUGAACGCAUUUAAACAGCAAACCGAUAAUUCUCAAUUACUCAUAUUUAAAGACUUCUCAAUCUUAGAAACGUGCGUGGUUUUGGCCGCUUUAAAAAUUUUAUUUAGGGAUGAUGAUGAAUGCUACUUUAAUUUUGAUAUGCUUAUGAUUGAACUAUGUGCGCAUAAAGAGACAAUGGCAUUUUUCAGAAGCACGCCAGAAGCUAUUUUUAUGAAAACAUAUCAAAAGUUAUGCGAAUUAGAAGUGUUUGUUCCCUCGUCUAUCACUCAAUCAACUAUUACAAAAUAUUCCAUAUCUACUCAAUUCAUGGACAUCAACAAAAAUCGAGACUUGCGUCGUAACAGUUUUGAUACUUCCCUCAUACGAUUCAAGCCCUUCACUUCGAAUUUAUAUUUUGAUUAUGAUUACUUCUUAAAUAAUCUCGAUAAUGUUUGUACAAACAUACCAACCGACAUAUAUAGAUGGGCCAAAGAUAAAUUAUAGAAAUAUUUAUUAUUAUUGAUAUUAUUAUUUUAUAAAUUGAUUCUAGUAUAUAUAAAAUAAAUUAGUAUUUUUAUUAA